CCGUUCAUUACCCUUGGCCGGUUGGUGGUUGAGCUAUUAUGGCGAAAUACGUAGUACCAAGAGUACAUAAUAGCGACUCUAUGUGCGAAUCCUAACACUAACCCUAACUACCCUGUGUGUUCGCAUGCGUGUUGAUCCGCCUGGACUAUGAAAUCAAGUUGUCCGCACGCACACACACGCACGCACGCACGCACACGCAGACACAGGUAUAUGUGCGUGUAUACGAUGGUUACAGAGUAGAGCGUGAGGCAUACCUGUGAAGGAUGAUGAAGAUGGUGCACCGACCAAGUCGCGGAGUCACGUUACGCGUCCUGUUUCUCAUCGCAUGUUUUGCUUUGGCGAUGACAAUUUACCGGAUGCAUUCAGAUCCGCAGACUCAGUCUCUGUCACCGUGUAGACUCCCUACGUGGCGGGACACACGGACGACAACGACGACGCCGACCAACGCGACCCGCGUAACCAUGACGACGGUCGCUCGCACCAACGCCGCCAGACGGCACUUGCUACGGCAGCGAUGCCAACUCUACGGCGAAGCGAACGCGACCAGCGCCUCUAGCGGCAAGUGGAAAUCUCGUCUGCUAGUCGUAGACAAGUAUAAGCUAGUCUACUGCUCCGUACCGAAGGCCGGAAACACGAACUGGAAGCGGGUGCUGCUCUCGCUGCUGCUGCCAUCUGGUGGCCGCCCCCCGGAGACGGUCAGUUUCCACGAGGCGCACCAUUCUCCGUCGCUGCUCCGGCCACUGUCCAGUUACCCGUCCGACGACCAGCAAAGCAUCAUGCGCACCUACUACAAGUUCGUGUUCGCGCGCGACCCGCUCUCUCGUCUGCUCUCAGCCUUCCGCAACAAAGUCUUGGGCGUCGGCGGCGUCGACGACAACCACCGGAAGUUACUCGUGCCGCUGCUGAUGCGCGGACGCGGCGACGUCGGCGACGCGUGGACGGAGUUUCGCCGGAAGCCGCCGACGCUAGCAGAGUUCGUCGAUUACGUCAUACAGUGUCACGAGCGACGCGGAACGCUCAACGUUCAUUGGUCGCCCGUCGCCGACCUGUGUAACGUCUGCGGCGUCGACUACGAUUUCGUCGGCAAGAUGGAGACGGUGGCCGACGACGCGCGCUUCGUGCUCGCGGUGCACGGACUCGCCGACGUCGUGGUGUACCCUGAGCGGCGGGACACGGGGUACGAGGCUGCAGAGGAGACUGCGGGCGAGCUGAGGCGCGAGUAUCAGGGUAUACCGGCGCGAGAUCUCGCGAAGAUCGUCGCCAUGUUUGCCAAAGAUUUCGACGUGUUCAAUUAUUCCUUGUUCGAUCAUUAUGUAUAGUAGACGGCGGCGAGGGAGUGACAGAGAGAGAGAGAGGGAGAGAGAGAGAGAGAGAGAGAGAGAGAGAGAGA